AAUCUCCACCCUACCUCUCCAUCCUACCGACGGAACCGCGACGACGAAACGUCAAGAUCUGACGGUCAAAUAUCUUUCAAGAAGAGAGGCUGCUUUCUCUCUCUUCUCCCAUUGACCAAGCUUCGUUUGCCCAGUGCUGGUAGUGGUCGGCGUUACGCAUAAAUAUAAGACUUAAAAAAAAAGCAACACAUCGAAGAGAAUAAAAAGGAAAGAAACGAUAUACAAAAAAAAGCGGAACGCUUUGCCAGGGGAGACGACGCACCAGUAAAUGUUCUCGAGUAACACGGUAUAGUGUGUUGCGUGCAAUAAAUUUCAAAGCGGUGGUAUUUCAACAAGUUUUUCUUUAGAAUCCUGCAAAACAAUGGAAGGUGGUGGUGUUUUGACAGCAGAGCGAAGCCCUGCUCGCGCCAAUCUCCAUGUGGCUUUCACAGAAAAAGGCGAAGUUAAGGAACGUCGUGAAAAGUUUCUCACCGCCAAAUAUGGUUCUCAUCAAAUGUCUCUUAUUCGUAAGAGACUCGCUGUUGAAAUGUGGUUAUUUGAUGAACUCCAAAAGCUGUACGAAACUGUUAACGACAACGGAAAAAACCGAGAAGUGGAGGUCGACAUAGAUGAGUUACUCGACAUGGACAGUGAUGAUCAUAGAAGGAGUUAUUUACAGGAUCUUCUGGUGGAUGCAAAAAAACCUCACGACGUGAAGAAAUUUAUCAAUGAUCUGCUAGAAAAAGCGAAAACACUCUGAAGAUUAUACCACUGCCAUGAAGCUAGAAUCGCUGUUGGUACUUGGGAUCGCGAUAUUUGCUCAUUUUGAGUGUCUAUAUAUAUAUAUAUUUAUAUAUGUGCAGGCGCUGAAACGCAUGUGGCAAAGGUUUCGGAAGAAUGAUAAAGAAACAAUCGACAAAGGUCAAUACGUAAUAACGAAGGAAGAAAAGUUGGGAAAAGGUGAUAAAAUUUUCUCAUUAAACGAGCACAAGUACUACCACCGAUAUAUUUUCAUUCGAUCGCUACGUUUUUAAUUCUCGACACAAAUAUACACAAGUCAAUCAGUCUCUUCUCGUACUGGAUAAUCAACUGAGUUCAUUACGUUUUUUACUCUUCCGUAAAAAAGUAAAAAAACAACAAAAUGAAAAAGUACAACGUGGCAAAAAUGCGUUGUCUCUUCCAAUUCUGUUUUCUUACACAAAAAUUUGCGCUUAUUUGUCAUCAAAUACUCCGUGUGCGUAUCUACUCGGUGAGAUUCGAUUAGAAAUCAGCUUACCAAGUGCCAAAUAGAUAACGUGUACGAUUUGCGAUGGAAAAAGGCAAAAAAAAAAAAAGAAAUUCGUGUAUCGCUAAAUUGCUGAACUAAUCAAUGUAGAAUAGACUUUUUGUUUUUGUGCACAAAUAGGAUGGGGCUUGAAAUUGAGACGAGUGAAUUGUUGAAAAUCACGUUACGUGAAUUCCGCAUCGUUCCGCUCAAUCACGGGCCAUUUUUUCCCCUUUUUCUUUGGGCCUCUGGUGCAACUGCAAAAUAUUCUUCCAAUUUCGCAGCUAGAAAUUCAACGUAAAGUAAAGAAAAUGCGCACGAACGGUUGCACAAAUUAAUGUUUUAAUACGCAAUUAUAUGGCAUUAGAAUACAAUAACCUCAGGGUAUAUUGAUAUUGUUCCAGUACUGAAUAGUAAUGAAUCACGAUUGUCCGAUAGAAUUAAUUAUACCGAGUAUCCCGAAUACUAACUUACGUAGGUAAAAAUACAGACAAACGAACGAAACAACACAACGGUGCAUGCGAUUUCGGUGUUUUAGUGUUCUUAUCGUUUAAUCUUACUUUUUUUUGUUUUUGUUUUUCUUACGUACUGAUGAGCAAUCACAGUCUUUAGAUAGUUUUGUAACGGAAAUGUAACGUUCUCAUAACUUUUUGUAAUCAUUUCGAAUUGUUACUCAACAUGUAAUUCUCAUUGAAUUUCUUUGUCAAGCCCCGCAUCAUGAGAUGUUUAGUCUCGAGCUCUGUUUACAUUUACGCGGAAGCAGCAUCCAAAUUAUGAAUGGACCGAAUAGACGAGCGAAAUUGAUUGCAAAUCUUUAUGAGAACUAUAAAUCUGAUUUUAUUAGUCGAGGCGAUCGAAAACGGCUGAUUGUGGAUUGUGCAUUACGCGAAGAAAAAAAAAUAGAAAACUUGUUGAAACAUAUCGGUAAUAUUUCGAAAUGUUAAGGCAGUUUUCACGAUCUCAUACCGGUAUAAAUGCAGUUUCGCUUAUUGAUUUACGCAGCGAAUGCGCGAGUGUACUUACAAAAAAACUCGAGUGCUGGAACAAAUUCGAUGUUUGAAGUGCAUUUUUUCGUACAGCAUUGUUUUCGCAUUGAAACAUCACUGCCUCUGUUCAAGGAAAAAACGAAAGAGCGGCGAAAAUUGGAAUAUAAAAAAGAAUAGAGAAAACAAAAAAGUGGGUCCGCGAAUAGAUCGCCUAAUUGCUUUGUAGAUAGGUAACAUAUCUAUUUGCUAUAUCAGUGCAUAUCUCGUUUAGAAAAUAAUUGGUAUACGUGAUGAAAAUUGGACACGAAUGAGUGCGAGAUCCCCAAUUUAGAUUACGUACUAUUUAGGCAUUUUAGAAAAAAAAAAAGAUAAACGGAGAAAACAAAAAGUAAAUCGUUGAAUUAAAAAUACACGUUGUGCGACUAUUUGAUAUAUUUCAAAAGCUGCCAAUCAAUAUUUCAUUGAUGUUUUUAGAUAAAAACGAGCCUAUUUUACAACAUAGCAGGGUAUUUAUGAAUUGUUGAUGUUUUCUUCGAGAUCACAGCUUCUUUGUCUAUUUUAUUCGACAUACCGGCCAGUCGGAGAUUUUUCGAGUAUACGGAAUUUUUAAAUGGCUCUGCAAAGCUCACCAAAGUUUUCUCUAGUCUUCUGAAACGGAAAAGACAGAAACCGCGUAUCCAAUAUUCCCUCGUUUUUCUUUUAUCAAGCAUAUUUUUCAUUUUGUUGAGUUUUAAAAGCGUUCAAAUCUCGGGAGUCUCCGAGAUCGGUAUUUCGAAUGAUUAAAAAAAAAAAGAGAGCUGUGAUAGUUUAUACCAAAGUGUUUCGGUAUACGCGAAACUGAUUGUUUGCUGCAAUAUAUUCAGCGUCGGUGUUUCGACUAACUUCUUUCGUCAUUCAAGAAGACUCGAUCGACCUUUUUUCGUCGUCAGCAACUUUUUUAUUUUUUUAUUUGCAAAUAUUUGUCUCGAUAGAAACUACUAAAAAAAAAAGAACAAACAACUCAUAUUUUUCAAGACUCGUACAUGAAAUAAUGCAAAAAUCGUCCUACCAGAAAACUACUUUAAUUUGUUAAUUUUAUUUUCUUUGAAAUACUCGCAUGAAUGUUACGAAUUUUCAAGUAAGAACAACAAUCUUAAGAAAAUUCACAAAAAAAAUGUAAAAAUCCUGAUUUUAUGUACGCACUUUUCUCGAUCGUAUGUGUGCGUGUGUGUGUGUGUGUUUGUGUGCAAGUAACUUUUUUUCCAAGUGUAUCCUUCCAUACUCGACAAUUGAUAUACACACACAUAUAUAUAGAUAUAUAUACACAUACGUAUAUAUUUUCGAUCGUGAUUUCACUUGACUUUGUAUACAUUUUUGUACUUUCAUCGAAAUGACGAGUGUUAAAAAAAAAACAGGGGAGGGGAGGGAUGCUAUUGAAUUCGGUGCGGCGAAUAGAAAUGAACUUGUAUUAAUGAGUGUAGCGACUUUUAUUCGUAAUUAAGCCUGAUUGAUAAUGCGUAUUUGUAGUCCAUCUAUUCACUGUGCAGUUUAGGUUAUUAGUAUGUCAAAACGCUCAAACUACAAUUUUAUCCUUCGCUCUCUCUCUCUCUUCGAUUAUUGUAAAAAAAAAAAAAAAAAAAAAAAAACAGAGGAAUUCUUGUAAAUUCAAAAAUCGUCCCUUUUUCAAAAGCAUCCACCGUACACACCUUCCACACUAAUGUGAUCUUGUUUUUGCAUUUUUUAUGUUAUCUUCGUUUUCAACCGGUACCAAUGUAACACCGAAUGAAGGAAAAAUGAAAAUAAGCAAAUAGAUAGUGAAAAAUAAACAUUUUUUCAGCUUCAA